CCCGUCCGGACUCAUAUGGAUGCAUGGUGCCGGCGGUGGAGCGGUGAUGCGGGUUCGCCUCGCUCUGUGCACUACCCCAACAAACCCGUGCGCUGAUGGCGAGGAAACCCCGUUGACAAGGCACUGCUUUUUCAUGACGCCCGGCCUGCUACAUGAAACAAAGGGUGUUAAAUGACUGAAUCCAUGCUUCCUGCUGGAAAUCUGUGUCAUGGAUGAUGAGGAGGAUCGCCAUCUUCUGGAUAUUUUAGGAGAUGUGGAUGCAUUGAAUGACUAUCUCCAUGGCAGCAACAGCAAGUCUAUUGGGGAGGAUGAUGUGACAAAUGCAGCUUAUGGGUCAGAUGGAUCCUUCUUUGCCGGUGAUACACCUGGCUCCAACACUGGCCUCAAAGAUGGCUCUUCUUCAAUGGGGGAAUUCGGCGAUGAUUCAGCCGAGGCAGGCCUCCAGCUCUCCAGCAGCCUUUCAUUUAUCGAGGAUGAAUUGGCGACCGGGAACUCCCCCGGCGGGGUGGACCUCGGGGGAGAGGACCAGCCCUUUGACAUCCUCCAGAAGUCUCUCAUGGAGGCUGACAUCACUGAGCAGACACUGGCCCAGGAGGCCUUGCUGGACUCCCAGCCCGCUCCCACGCUGGUGCAGGCUCCAGUCCCCUUCCCCUCCCAGCUGGUCUCUGGGGGUUAUGGAGGGGGAGUGGGUGUGGUUACCACGGCGACAGCCGGGUUCCCCACCGGCCAGUUCCUGCAAGGGGUGUCCCAGCUGCCCAACGGCUCCGCCCAGCACAUCCAGGUGUUGGGCUCCUUUGGGGCAGGUGGGGGGGUGAUGACCCUGAGCGGCUUGGAGAGAACUCCUCAGCUCGUGUUGAGGCCGGGGGCUCCCGUAGCUGCAGCAGGGGCCACAACAGGGGGGCAGGUGUUUGCCCCUACGCAAGGGCAGGUAGGCCAAGUGGGCUUACCUUUCAAAAACAUCCCCCUUCAAAACAUCAUCAUCCAGCGGGGCCCGGGAGGGACCCAGACUCUUGUCAGGCCUAUCCAACCUAAGCCCCUCCAAGCUGGGGCACAGACUGUCUACAGCCUUGGUCUUCAGCCCACUUCCACCAUGGCUAAUGCUAAUGCUGCUACUGCUGGGGGGCAAUACACAGCCAAUGGCUCCAUUGUAGUGCAGCCAACCCUGGAGCAGCAGCAAGCGCAGGCACAGAUGAACAUACAACAUGGACAAUUCUUGCUCCACAAUGGCCCCACUGACCCCAACUCAAACACCCUGAUCACCGGUCAGAACGCGGUGCAGAUUGUUGCAGGGCAGAGCUUCACUGCACCGCAAAGGGGUCAGCUCAUUUUGAAUCAGGGACUAGUUAGCGGGAGUCAGGGUGGAGGGGGUGUGACACAAACAUGGACAGGGGUUUCUUGUUCAACAUCCGCACCUGUGCAGACGUCGUGUGCCCCUGGGCGGCUCACCCUGGUGGGCCCAGGGGCGACGGGGGUCGUCGGUCAAGGCCAAGUGUCGGCAAGCCCCGUGCAGCGCCUUCUAGUCACGCAAACGCAGAACUGCACUUCCCUGUCCCCGUUAUCCGGUUCAGCGACACAGGAACAAGACUACAGACAGAAUUCUUCAUCACCCGCCCUCCAACAGGCACAGUCCAGCAACAUUCAUGCCAUGAGAACCAUGACGCAAGACUCCACGCUAAACUCUCAGGUCAGUGCACAGAAGAGGCCUGCCCUCCAGCCACUUACAAGAGAAGGAAUGAUUUUACAACGGUUGGGAAAUGAUCACGCCGGAGUUCAGACCCCAGAUCGACGUCAUUUCACCUCUGUCAGCGACGCACUGCAAAGACUCCUCCCGUACCACGUGUUCCACGGGGCUCCGCCCGGCCAGGACGAGUUCUCACAGGUGGAUGAAGAAUUUGAGGUUGUUGCGACUCAGGUGCUGAAGAGGACGCAGGCCAUGGUUAACAAAUACAGACGACUGCUCUUGGUGGAAGCGGAGCGUUCAAGCCCCUCAUCAGAAAUGGUGAUGAUUGACAGGACCUUCAACCAAGAGGAACGCAGUAACCUGACGCAAGACAAACGCAUGGUGCUAGUGGAUCCAGACAGCUUCUUGGAAGACUUCUGCUGUGGCAUGAAAUCCAAACUUUUCCAGGACCCGGUCCCUCCCCAGUCCAGCUGUAGCCGGAAUCAGUCGGACAGAGGCUCCGCGGAGCCGUCCCCGCACAGGACAGACUCCCAGUCCGGGUUUGGAGAUCCGGGAGGGGGGGGUGGGGCCGUGGGACCGGGUGCGCCCGACAAGCUCCACCCUCCACACUUAGAAAAGAAGAGCGUCCUCGAACUGAAGAGAUCCCAGCAACGCUGCGGGCCCAGCGGCGACGGCAGCAACAACAACAACAACAGCCUCGCCGCUGCCGACGGUUGUCCCCAAGGUAACCCCUCACCUUUUGCAGCAAAGUCUGGGGGACAGACACACUACCAGGGCUCACACCAAGUGACCCCCCAGCCCCAGUACCCCCCUGAGCUCUCGUCACCGCCUCACCCUGACACAGACUCGGCUCUAGAGGCGGCGGUCAACAGCAUCUUGGAAUGUUAAGACUGAUGCUUCAUAUCAUCCCCAGUGUAUGGUUUUUACUUUUUUAUUUUCAUGUUUUGUUUUUGGACAAACUCUCCUGUUGUAAUAUUUGUUUUUUUACACCCCCCAACAAAAUCCCCGUGUGAAGAGAGGUGAGCUCGUCUUUCAGGCCUGUGGUCUCUGUGAUACAGAUCAUGUAGCAUGUUAUUAAUUUGUUUUUGUAUUUCUGUUUGUUUUGUUUUGUUUUGAAGCAUGAUGCAGGUGAACACAGGCACUUAGAGAAAAUACCUAUAAAGACCCGGGAAUGUGUGCAAUGCAAUGAACUAACAGACGGAAAAAAUAAUGAUCUCGUUGUGUUAAUUUUAACAUUAUUUUUUACAGUUGCUUGAAUAUAAGAGUGCUCCUCUCUUCACACACACACACACGCACAGCCAUUAAUAUUUUGUGCCAGCUGUUUACCCGCGAUACUUGUGCUAACAAAAAACAGGAUGUGGGGGAUGUGACGACAGUGCCUAACUCUAGGUUUUUCGUUUUGAAGUGUUUACAUGAAGAAGCCGUAAUCCACUCAUGUCCUUCCUUGCAUUACAGAAACACACACACACACACACACACACACACACACACACACACACACACACACACACACACACACAUGCUCUAGUAGAUUCCGAGGUGUAGAUUUCCUGUGAGGUAUAAGAUCAGUAGAGACACGUUCACAUAGACAAAUUGCACUAAUGCUUUUUUCUUUCAGGAACUUCUAAGAGCGCGAGGCUCCCGUCGUUAAGCCGCCGCGCGCUAUAGGCUAAAGAGAAUGUGAACAUUUUGUUACCAGAACCAAAACUGAUUUGCCUGCUCUCAGCUGCCUGCAACAAGGACGACCUCUUCACUCCCACUAGAAACCAGUCGUAGUGUUACUGUCCUCAGCGAUGCUUCUUUUUUCUUUUCUUCUUUUGUACCUUAAAGGUAUGCGAGCCCCCUCCUCCCCGACACAGACACAAGACAAAUCUCCAUUUAGACCACUUUCACCGUGUAUUUGUGUCAGGGGAAAUAUAUAUAUAUAUACGUCCUCAGAUUGAGGAAGAUAUGUUACAUUAUGUGUAUCUUUUUUCUUAAUUUCAAUUUUUUUAUUUCCUCAGACAUUGUAAAGAAAAGACUGAAUUUGUUUGAUGCGUGUCCCCCCGGCUUUGUGAACAUUAUGAUGAUACCGUCAUUUAUUUUUAGAUGACUUUGAAGGGUCAUUGAUUGUAUGUAUGUUCGUCUGCCUUCUGCAUAUGAUUAUGUUUUGAUCAUGUCUUGUCUUAUCUAUGCUUUAAGACCUUGACGUCUAUAUCAGGGUGUGCGUGCGUGCGUGUUCGUCUGCACUCGCUCACACUGACUGGUCCAUGACUGUUUGAUUGCCGUGCUCCUGACUUUAAUCCCAAGUGGUCGCUCACACCCUCUGUCUUUUUUUUUUUUUUCUCACAUUAUCUGUUCUCCCCUCUCAGCAGCGCAACCAAAUAUCAACAAGAGAGAGUGUGUGUGGGCGUAUCCAGAAUCAUCCUCAGACCUUUACUCCAUUGUCCAGGUGUUUGUUCUGCCCCUGAACAGCGACUUGGUUCCACUGGCGUUUUAAUUUUUAAAAAUAUUUUUUGAGUUUUCAAUUUGUUUUUUAGAGCCAAAACAAUACUUACUAUUUCGUUUAUGAUCAAGCAUUCAUCUUAAACAUCGGCAUAAUGAGUAACAUUUGUGUAAACAGCUACAGAAAUAUGAAUUAUGGUGUGUUUUUUCCCCCUCCUCCCUGGGAAACCCAACACAGGACCAAAGCUUAGGUUAAACGUGUUCCAUGCUCCUGGGGUUGAUUCUGAAUGGCACCGCCUUUCUCGUACAACGUGUCUGUGAAAAUUGCCAGUUAAGCUACAGGAGCAGAAUGAAGGCCUUUUAUUCGGGGUGAUGAAGAAGUCACUUGUCGUCGUCUUUUUUCUUUUUGUGAGUGCCAGUGGCCGUUGCGGCAGUUGCUGCAAGAUUGUGUGCCUCAGUAGCACUUGGUUUUUAGACGUAUAGGGACGUGUCCAGCGUUGGUAAAACGUCAUCUGGAUGCAUAUCAAGUGUCCAAGGGUCCGGUAGGAACAUCACUUUGCUUGUUCUCAACCUAUUUUUCAGCGCAGAGAUUUGUUUUUUCUGCCUCCCAUUUUUCACUGUUGUUAUUUUUGUCUCACUUGAUUUGUAUAGUUUGUUGUUUUUGUACAAAAAUGAAAAGUGAAACACAAAAUAUUUAUAAUUUUGUAU